UACCCCUCUCCUCCCUUCCCCCAUUGCAGUGUGCGCGUGGUCGAGGAUGCGCGUGCAGGUGAGGAAGUGGACCGCGGUGGCGACGUGGACCUGGGUCGCCAACGACGACAACUGCGGCAUCUGCAGGAUGCCCUUCAACGGCUGCUGCGCUGAGUGCAAGCUUCCCGGAGACGACUGCCCGCUGGUUUGGGGGCAGUGCUCCCACGCCUUCCACAUGCACUGCAUCCUCAAGUGGCUCAACUCGCAGCAGCUGCAGCAGCACUGCCCCAUGUGCAGGCGCGAGUGGAAGUUCAAGGAGUAGAGAGGGCGGUGGAGGUGGUGGUGAUGGUAGUGGAGGUGAUGGUGUAGGUGGUGGU